UAGAAUUACAAAUCUCAAGGUGAAUUUGUUGUUUGACACGGUAAAUAUUACCGCGCUUAAAACUAGUCUGCUGGGAUCAAAAUUGUAUUUUACUGAUGGGGACAAACAAUUUGAAUUGUAGUGUGUCGUUUGAAAUACCAAUACGAGACGAGAUCCAGUCUCCUAGGGCGUUACGCCUGCUUUCAUCUCCGAAUUAUGUUCGGAAUGAUUCUGACUUAAAUGAAAGGCUAGAGAAAGCUCGGGAAAGACGAUCUAACGUUCUGGCUGAAACUAUAAAUCGAAAUGAGCAACAUGUCCAUUUAGCUAAGUCUAAAUGUGAACAAGAGAAAGAGAAGCUCGUAAAUCGAUCAAAUGAAUUAAUGGAGAAUCUCACGGAGGAUUUGGCACAGAAGUCGUCUAGGCGGCAACAGAUUAUCGACAAGAUAGUUAAUAGGAACAAGAAAGAAAUUGAGAAAGCAAAACAACUUGCGGAUGCCCGUGCUUCCCCACAAAGUAUCCUGCUUCGUCAGAUCAACGACGAUAUGUCCAAUAAGGAAAACAACAGACGUUCUCACCUACAAAAUAUAGUUCAUCAGUGCCAGCUGGAGCCUUGUCAUUUUUUAAGUGGGUUUAGAAUUCUGGGGAUCUUAAGGUGACACGCAUUAGUAAUUAUUUUCACUGGCGAAACCUACUACAAUACCAACGCAUAUAAAACGGUAUAGUCAAGCCUCAUGAUAGCGUCUUAAUCAGCUUCAACGUUCCUCAGUGACACCGAGUUUGAUUACAGGUGCCACAGCAAACCCAGUUAACUAACAUCAAGCCUAGUAUGUGUAAACUAAUCAUUUACUUCUUAGGCAUAAAUGUCCACCGCACUGUGAAUCCUCACCCAAGUAAUUUUUCGCAACGUAUUGUUCCUUUGAUUUACGACAUGGACCAAAUCUAUUUGUAAAAGGCUAUUCCUAUCCUAUCAUGUAUAUUGCUUUUUACUGGCUGGCCUUCGCUUGAUUUUCACAUUCAGAAAGGUUAUAAGAAACCUCCGAAGUGAGAAAAUGCACACUAUCUACGAGGUAAUACUUAGUUGUCAGUUCAUAGGAUAACUGUUGUUAUUAACGUCGACCCUUCAAAAUAAACCAAGUCAUAUGAUGACGAUUUCGGAGUCCUGAUUAGACUCAUAGCCUCUUCGGGAGAUAACACAAAGGGCAGUGUGUGUGGUUCAGAACGGUUGUUUUACUGUUCCCUACCUUUAAUCUCUAACGAAUUCUGUCCUCCAAAAUACUAUUUAUUAAUCAGACCGAAUGUACUUAUUGUUUGCCAUAAAGAUUCUGCCUUUUCCUAAGUAGCUAAAACCAACGUAACCACUCACUCCACUCUGAUUCGUUUUGUGCUGAUUAGUUACAAAUUGUGGUUGUUUAUUUUUGUUGCUUAAAGCAUUCAAAGCGCACUUAAUAACUGCUUCAUGUGAAAUGCGCACACUUAUUUACAUGUCCUGCGUAUAAACUUGUUCCUAGAGGUAGUACUUAUGAUAUUUUUAACCUUGAGGUACUCGGACUGUUUGUUAUUCUUGUUACAUAUUCCUCUUAAUGACAAUUAAGUUGACUUCUUACUUUCUGCCUUACUAAGCAGAUUUGUUUUUUUCCAGAUAGAGAAAGUCGAGUCUGUGCGACCUCGCCGGUCGAUUAACGACAGCAGCAUGGAAUAAAAUGUUCAAAAAUACCUAUCCGCUCCUUAAUAUUUUAUAUUAAAUAUCACAUCCCACUCUUUUGAAAAGAUGUUCUGUAUACCUUAAACCCCAAUUAAUAAACGUAGAGUGAUAUAAAUGUGAUUUCCUAUACUUUUUUGGCUGGUUAGUACGAAGACAAAGACGAAUUCGAUGUUCCGUGCAAUCCGCCACCAAUGUUCUAACGAAAACAGUGGUUACUGUCAUGUAAUGAUGGUAAUCGUAGUACUUUUUGUAUUCAAUACCUUAUCAUGGAAACCUCAACACAAAAUAUACGAUAUUUGCUAG